AUGCUGCCGUACUCCAAUUGGCGGUUGCUGAAGUUCUUGAAGUGUCUGCUCAGCUUGAGCAUCGUCACCUGUGUGCUUCUCAUCUAUAACGUCUCUUUUCGCGAAGACAUAGCAGUUAAACGUUAUCCACCGCAACAUCUCCCCAUUUACACAUGCCCGAACUCCUUUGUCUUGAAUAAUACCUCAUCAAAUCAGCCGGCUGCGAAACUUCAUGGAAAUCUGACUGAAGACCGCGCCCUUAUUCUGCUGGAAAGUGCUUAUUCACGUCAUGGUCGUCUUCUGCAACAAGUUUUCGGCGCUUUGAAAUACCCUUUCGAAGCGGAGGCGCUUUCAAAAAGUCUGCCUUCACUUGUCGCAGUAAACAAAGUUUGUCGAAAGGGAGUCGACGCUUACUGGACAAGAACAAAGCUUCGCUUCUGGCAAGACCAGGAAGUCGCAUCUCUGAAGGUGGUCGAAUCCAGUAUCCACAGAAUCUCCAGAGUAGGUGCGGAAAGAAGUGACAUCAAUGUCAAAGGCUGGACUUUAUUUGAGGAGUCUUCCACUUAUUCUACGAUCGUAUCCGCAAGAGAUGCUUUUGGUAGACCACGAGCUGCUGUAGUACAUGUCUCGGGCGAUGAUGGAGUAGAACGUUUCCUCUUCGGACAUAAUGUGUCCGAUUGGACAAUGAAGAUGACUUACUUAGACAUUCUGUGGUACUCAUCAGGUGGCAACAUCGGCUGGAGUUUGGAUCGUUAUUUACAAAUUGAUAUUGAUGACAUAUUUGUUGGGGCACGCGGUACGAGGAUGGUGGAAAGUGAUGUCAGAGCUCUACUAGAAAGUCAGAAUGCUAUGCGUCGCUUCAUCUCUAAUUUUACCUACAUGCUUGGAUUCUCCGGCGGUUAUUUUCGAAACGGGGACGACAAUGAGGAUAAAGGAGAUGAAUUGCUCAUUGAACUAGCAGAUCAUUUCAUCUGGUUUCCUCAUAUGUGGCGUCAUAAUCACGCUCAUGAGCACAACUUAACUUAUUUAGAGGCUACGAUGGCGCAGAAUUUGAUGUUUGCACAGAACAUGCGUCUACCUGUGAGAUAUCCUUACGCGAUAGCCCCUCAACAUGAUGGCGUUUAUCCAGUCCACUCGGAAUUGUACACAGCUUGGAAGAAGGUAUGGAAGGUGCAGGUCACUGCUACGGAAGAAUACCCUCAUUUCAAACCGGCUUUGGGAAGGAAAGGCUUCAUCUACGCGAAUGUUUCAGUUCUCCCCCGGCAAACUUGUGGUCUCUACACCCAUACACAGUUCUUCCAUAAUUAUCCAGGGGGAUUUGGGAAACUGAUAAGCUCGAUCCAAGGAGGCGAACUCUUUUUUACCGUACUUCUGAAUCCUAUCUCCAUUUUCAUGACUCAUCAACAAAAUUUUGCUCAUGAUAGAUUGGCUUUGUAUACUUUUGAUAGUCUCGUGAGGUUCAUCAAAUGUUGGACAAAUGUGAAACUGCUCUGGCAGAACCCAGUGGCUUCAGCAAAGAUGUAUUUCUCUCUUCUAUCUCAAGAGAAGGUGCCUAUAUGGAGUAAUCCCUGCAACGAUUCUCGUCACAAACUGAUUCUUCCCCCCUCCUUGAACUGUGAAAAUUUGACACUUCCUAAUGCCUUGAUCGUGGGGCCGCAGAAGACAGGGUCAACGGCACUUGCAACUUUCCUGUCAUUGCAUCCAAAUGUUUCAACCAAUGCACCGAUUGCGCAUACAUUUGAGGAAAUGCAGUUUUUUGGAGGUGCUAACUACCAUCGUGAAAUAGAAUGGUAUGCUCACCACUUUUCCAAGUCGCGCAUCAUUUUUGAAAAAAGUGCUACGUAUUUCGAUAAUGGAAACGCGGCGAAGGAUGCCUUUGCUCUUAUUCCAGACGCCAAAAUCAUUGUCAUUUUGAGCGACCCAUCGAGAAGAGCCUACUCAUGGUACCAACAUGUAUUGGCGCACAAUGAUACCGCAGCGCUCUCUGCCAGAAAUUUGUUGGAGAUUCUAGAUAGUGAUGUCAUUGAACUAAAAAGAAUAAAACAGCGAUGUAUAUCUGGAGGAAGAUAUGCACACCAUCUGGCGCGGUGGCUGGAGUUCUAUCCCAUGUCAAAUUUGAUUUUGAUUGAUGGGGAACGGUUGCGUGACGAGCCGGUCCAAGUCAUGACGGAGCUUACAAAAAGCCUCAAUCUUCCGUAUUUUGACUACAGUAGCGCCAUACGCUAUAGCUCUUCAAAGAGAUUUUUCUGCAAGUUUACUAAUGGAAGCGCGAAGUGCCUUGGGCGUAGCAAAGGACGCAUCUAUCCACCUAUGUCUCCAGAACUUUCAGCACGACUCAACAGGAUAUUUCUUCAUGAUAAUAUCGCUCUACACAAAUUUUUAGUGAAAAACCAUUUGCCUGUGCCAAAAUGGUUGCAGUCGUUGUUCCCACCUUAAAGGCAGUGGCUCGCAAAACCAAACACCUCGAAGUUUUGAUAUGGAAGGUUCCUUGCAUCCCAAAGAUGAGAACAGAG